AGCUUGACAGGGGGUAAGGGGCUGGGCAUGAUUUUGGGAAUAUACGAAGAUUCAUUGAAGGUAACGGGGACAUAAAACGACAGUGCCUGACCAGAAGAAGGUCGGUGCUGAGUUUGUGCAGGGGACUGGGUCUGUCGCUGGAUUUCCCUGGUGGCCCAAGGAAAGUUGAACGUUAAACGGUUCAGCUCUGUGACUGGGAGAACACACACUGAGAGAAGCAUCCGUUACCUUCAUCCCUUUCCUUUUCUCCCCUAAAAGCGCCGCAUGUCUAAUAUUUAGACAUGUUCAGCUUUGUGGAUUCGCGGACUGUAUUGCUACUUGUAGCAACCCAGGUCGCACUAUUAGCCGUGGUGAGAUGUCAGGAUGACCAGGACGAUGCAUUUAGCUGUGUACAAGAUGGACAACGCUAUAGCGACAAGGACGUGUGGAAGCCAGAGCCUUGUCGCAUCUGUGUGUGUGACACGGGAAGCGUCCUGUGCGACGAGAUUAAUUGCGAGGAGAUAAGAGACUGCCCCAAACCAGAGAUCCCAUUCGGAGAGUGUUGCCCCAUCUGCGCAGCUGACCUGCCCCAGACCAGUGGCGCGUCCGGAGCUAAGGGCCAGAAGGGUGAACCUGGAGAUAUUACAGAUGUAGUAGGACCAAGAGGACCAGCUGGUCCAAUGGGACCAUCAGGAGAGCAAGGAGCACGGGGAUCCAGAGGAGAUAAGGGCGAGAAGGGAACCCUCGGCCCCCGCGGAAGAGACGGUGAACCCGGUACCCCUGGAAACCCCGGCCCCCCCGGCCCCCCAGGCCCGAACGGACCCCCCGGCCUCGGCGGAAACUUUGCUGCUCAGAUGGCCGGUGGAUUCGACGAGAAGUCUGGAGGAGCUCAGAUGGGCGUGAUGCAGGGACCAAUGGGACCAAUGGGCCCACGAGGACCACCGGGCCCCAGCGGAUCACCUGGCCCACAGGGUUUCCAAGGCAAUCCCGGAGAGCCAGGAGAACCCGGACAGUCUGGCCCAAUGGGACCCCGUGGCCCCCCUGGACUUUCUGGCAAACCUGGAGAUGAUGGUGAGGCUGGCAAACCAGGCAAAUCUGGUGAGCGUGGGCCUGCUGGACCUCAGGGAGCACGUGGCUUCCCUGGAACACCUGGCCUGCCCGGCAUCAAGGGACACAGAGGCUAUCCAGGUCUUGAUGGAGCUAAGGGAGAGCAUGGCGCUGCUGGCUCUAAAGGCGAGUCGGGAUCACCUGGUGAGAACGGCGCUCCCGGACCUAUGGGUCCCCGGGGUCUGCCUGGCGAGAGAGGUCGUCCAGGACCCUCCGGAUCUGCUGGUGCUCGUGGAAAUGAUGGUCUGUCCGGUCCCGCUGGUCCCCCUGGCCCCGUCGGCCCCUCCGGAGCUCCUGGCUUCCCUGGAUCUCCUGGCUCUAAGGGAGAAGCUGGCCCCACCGGAGCCCGUGGCCCGGAGGGCGCCCAGGGCCCCCGCGGAGAGUCUGGCACUCCAGGAUCAUCCGGCCCGUCUGGCGCAAGUGGAAACCCCGGAACUGAUGGCAUCCCCGGGUCUAAAGGAUCCUCUGGUGCUCCUGGUAUUGCUGGUGCUCCUGGGUUCCCCGGACCUCGUGGGCCCCCUGGCCCUCAGGGAGCCACCGGACCACUGGGGCCCAAGGGAACGUCUGGCGACCCAGGUAUCCCCGGCUUCAAGGGAGAGGCAGGACCCAAAGGAGAGAUUGGACCAGUCGGUCUCCAGGGAGCCCUUGGGCCCUCGGGAGAGGAGGGCAAGAGGGGGCCCAGAGGAGAGUCUGGCAGUGCUGGACCCCUGGGACCUCCCGGAGAGAGAGGAUCCCCUGGUAACCGUGGUUUCCCAGGACAGGAUGGUCUGGCAGGUCCCAAGGGGGCCCCUGGUGAGCGUGGAUCCGCUGGUGCUGGUGGCCCCAAAGGAGCCAACGGUGACCCCGGCCGUCCCGGCGAGUCCGGUCUUCCUGGAGCCCGGGGCCUCACUGGUCGCCCUGGUGACGCUGGUCCUCAAGGCAAAGUCGGACCCUCUGGAGCGCCCGGUGAGGACGGUCGCCCCGGACCCCCAGGACCCCAGGGAGCACGUGGACAGCCCGGUGUGAUGGGAUUCCCCGGACCCAAGGGAGCCGGCGGUGAGCCAGGAAAGUCUGGUGAGAAGGGACUUCUCGGAGCCCCCGGUCUGAGGGGUCUGCCCGGUAAAGACGGAGAGACUGGCGCUGCUGGACCUCCGGGCCCCGCUGGGCCCGCUGGCGAGAGAGGAGAGCAGGGUCAGCCCGGCCCCUCCGGUUUCCAGGGUCUUCCUGGACCCCCAGGCCCCCCUGGUGAGGGAGGCAAGCCCGGAGACCAGGGUGUUCCCGGAGAGGGUGGAGCAGCUGGCGUGACCGGACCUAGAGGCGAGAGAGGUUUCCCAGGAGAGAGGGGAGGUGCCGGGCCUCAGGGUCUUCAGGGACCCCGUGGUCUGCCUGGAACCCCCGGGACUGAUGGACCCAAGGGUGCGAUUGGACCCGCAGGUGGUCUCGGAGCCCAGGGCCCCCCCGGUCUGCAGGGUAUGCCUGGAGAGAGAGGAGCCGGCGGCAUCCCGGGCCCCAAGGGAGACAGAGGUGACAACGGAGAGAAAGGACCAGAAGGCGCUCCUGGAAAAGAUGGUUCUAGAGGUCUGACCGGCCCCAUCGGACCCCCUGGCCCUGCUGGACCCAACGGAGAGAAGGGAGAAUCUGGCCCAUCCGGCCCCAGUGGCGCGCCAGGUACCCGCGGUGCCCCUGGCGACAGAGGUGAGACUGGCCCUCCCGGACCUGCUGGAUUCGCUGGACCUCCUGGUACAGAUGGCCAGCCUGGACUGAAGGGAGAUCAGGGAGAAGGCGGACAGAAGGGUGACGCUGGAGCCCCCGGACCUCAAGGACCCUCUGGAGCCCCCGGACCUGCGGGUCCUACUGGUGUUUCUGGACCUAAAGGUGCCCGUGGAGCUCAGGGACCCCCUGGCGCCACUGGUUUCCCGGGUGCUGCCGGCCGAGUCGGACCCCCUGGUCCUAAUGGUAACCCUGGAGGCUCCGGACCCGCAGGCCCUCCCGGUAAAGACGGACCCAAGGGCGUGAGGGGAGACGGCGGGCCGCCUGGUCGUCAGGGCGACGCCGGACUCCGUGGACCCGCCGGUACCUCUGGAGAGAAGGGAGACCCUGGCGAGGAUGGUCCUAAUGGCCCCGACGGCCCCCCAGGGCCCCAGGGUCUGUCCGGGACACGUGGUAUCGUGGGUCUGCCUGGACAGCGUGGAGAGAGAGGCUUCCCCGGCCUGCCUGGACCAUCUGGUGAGCCUGGUAAGCAAGGAGCUCCCGGUGGUAGUGGGGACCGUGGACCCCCUGGACCUGUGGGACCCCCCGGACUCACAGGACCUGCUGGAGAGCCCGGCCGAGAGGGCAACCCUGGAUCUGAUGGACCCCCUGGUAGAGAUGGAUCUCCUGGAAUCAAGGGUGACCGUGGCAACACAGGUCCCGUGGGCGCCCCAGGAGCGCCGGGCUCCACCGGGGCAUCCGGUCCAGUGGGCCCCACCGGGAAGCAGGGAGACCGAGGAGAGUCUGGAGCGCAAGGACCUUCUGGCCCUGCCGGACCUGCUGGAGCCAGAGGAAUGGCUGGACCCCAAGGCCCACGUGGAGACAAGGGAGAGGCAGGAGAGUCUGGUGAGAGGGGACAGAAGGGACACCGAGGAUUCACCGGUCUCCAGGGUCUGCCCGGACCUCCGGGUCAAGCCGGAGACCAGGGAGCCACCGGACCAGCCGGACCCUCAGGAGCCAGAGGACCCCCCGGACCUGUCGGCCCUGCUGGAAAGGACGGUUCUAACGGUAUGCCUGGACCCAUCGGACCCCCUGGACCCCGCGGCCGAUCUGGAGAGUCUGGUCCAUCUGGACCCCCUGGAAACGCCGGCCCCCCUGGUCCCCCCGGCCCACCCGGCCCCGGCAUCGACAUGUCCGCCUUCGCGGGCCUGUCCCAGACGGAGAAGUCCCACGACCCCAUGAGGUACAUGAGGGCCGACCAGGCCGCCGGCAACCUGCGCCAGCACGACGCCGAGGUGGACGCCACGCUCAAGUCCCUCAACAACCAGAUCGAGAACAUCCGCAGCCCCGAGGGCUCCAAGAAGAACCCGGCCCGCACCUGCAGGGACCUCAAGCUGUGCCACCCCGACUGGAAGAGCGGAGAGUACUGGAUCGACCCCAACCAGGGCUGCACCAUCGACGCCAUCAAAGUGUUCUGCAACAUGGAGACGGGCGAGUCCUGUGUCCACCCCAAGCCCGCCAGCAUCCCCCGCAAGAACUGGUGGUCCAACAAGAGCAAGGACCGCAAGCACGUCUGGUUCGGAGAGACCAUGAACGGAGGAUUCCACUUUAGCUACGGCGACGACAGCCUGGCGCCCAACACGGCCGCCAUCCAGAUGACCUUCCUGCGGCUGCUGUCCACCGAGGCGUCCCAGAACCUCACCUACCACUGCAGGAACAGCGUGGCCUACCUGGACGCCGCCACGGGCAACCUGAAGAAGGCGCUGCUGCUGCAGGGCUCCAACGACGUGGAGAUCAGAGCCGAGGGCAACAGCCGCUUCACCUACAGCGUCAUGGAGGACGGAUGCACGAAACACACAGGGCAGUGGGGCAAGACUGUGAUCGAGUACCGAUCGCAGAAGACCUCCCGCCUGCCCCUGGUGGACAUUGCUCCCAUGGAUAUCGGUGGAGCAGAUCAGGAGUUUGGUGUGGAUGUGGGAGCAGUCUGCUUCUUGUAAGAAGCACGAGGGAUCCAAAGAUGAGCGACGAAGCGGAAAUUGGACGGAAAAAAACAAAAAAUGAGAAGAACGCGCUUCGAAACGAGGAGGAGAGGAACGAGAAAGAUCAAGGCCCUCUUUUUAUUUUAUUUUUAAACUGGACUUUUUUUUUCUAAGUAAAAAAAAGUGCUUCUUCCAGUCGUACUCCAUAGGAUACCUGCACUGAAUGGCACCCGGCAAACGACAUCUGUGAUUCAUCCAACAUUGCCUGCAGUCUAAUCAACUCUUAUGGACACCCAGGGACCCCCCCUCCACACCUCUCCCACCUACCCUGGGUGAUCAGUAACCCCCCCCUCCCUCCCCCCACCCAAACCCCCACCGCCUAGAAGGAGGAAUACCAAGGAGAACGAGGGAACAUGCCAGGGAACUACAGAGAGAGAAACAGAAAGGUGAUUGUUGGUGCUAUUUAUUUAUUGUUUAGGUCCGGGUCCCAGGUGUGUUAGGACUGAGCAUGCCACCAAAUCAAAAAGAAAAACACAAGAAAGAUGGGAACAAAACAAACGUGCUCACAGCUUCAUAUUAAAGAAAGAAGGCCCCUAUAUUCCCUGCUGCUGUCCUAUUUCCUAAUCUCUUUAUCCUAAACUCUGUCUUUUUCUCUCUCUCUCUCCCUCUCUCUCCUUCAGCAUAUCCACUAAAACUUACAUAUCUUAUUUUUCGUAAAACCAAAAGAAUCUGGCAAUGUUUAUUAAAUGCAGGUGUUUUUAUUUCUGCCACCAGUGUGUAUCAGAAGGCGAUUGUGUAUUAUAAUAAAGUCAAUGGUGCUAUUGUUUUAAAACAGUCUGUAUUUUUUAACAACCAGAUGCUGAUAUGUAGCUACAUGAAUGUUGUAUGUGUGUAUACACAUGCAUACAUAUGUACAUACAUGUAUACACAUAUAUAGAAAGAAAGUACAUUUUAUCCCGGGAUUUUAUAUUUCAGUUUGAUAAAUGUUGCUGUCAAAAAAUCCUAAAAACAAAGACGACCAAUUCGGAAAUGAUUCCUUCCUUAAAUUAGAUUUGUUUAUUUCCUACAUUUGUAAUAUUUUUUUAUAUUUUAAAGCUACCUCACACCAAGAGCAAAAAGAAAAAAGUAAGAAAUUUGGCUUAUUUCACACAAAUUUCAAUGGGACCCGUGUUGUGCAACAGUCUGAUUGCAAGAGCCCCUCUACCAUGACCUUCGACCCCAUCCACUUCCUCCCAUCAACCCCUAGCGGUCACCUCACACAGGAAGCCUCCUCGGCCUUGGCACACAGAAUCACAGUGAGAGGCCUCUGGAUGAAACCCAGUCGCUCAUUGUAACGCAAUCCAGUGCUUCCCCAAAGAGAAGGGAGCACCCUAUUGGCCAGGGCACAGGGUGCAUUUGUGUGAGGUUGUGUAUAUUCUUAUUAUUAAUAAUAGUAUUAUUAUUAAUAAUAAUAGCAUUAUUAUGAUGAUGACGAUGAUGAUGAUGGUGAUCAUGACAUUGUUUUUGUUACGUUUUGAUUAAUGUAAAUUGGAAAUAAAAGACAAAAACAAGU